CUUUUCUCCAACAUUUUUAUCCCCCCAAGCUUCUCACAAACACUCACAACAAACAUUCAUUCCCUCUCUCUCCCCCCCCCCCCCCCCCUUUCUCUCUCUCUCUCUCUCUCUCUCUCUGUGUCUUCAUUUCCUCAUCAGAUCUUCUCUCCUCUUUCCUUAUCUCUCUAAAGUUCUGAAACCUUUUUCAAUGGCGUUGAUGAUAGACAACUGCGAGGGCAUACUGCUCUCUCUGGACUCCCACAAGUCGGUCCCGGCGCCGUUCCUGACCAAAACCUACCAGCUCGUCGACGACCCCGCCACCGACCACAUCGUCUCGUGGGGCGACGACGACACCACCUUCGUUGUCUGGCGCCCUCCCGAGUUCGCCCGCGACCUCCUCCCCAACUACUUCAAGCACAACAACUUCUCAAGCUUCGUCCGCCAGCUCAACACCUAUGGUUUUAGGAAGAUUGUACCGGACAGAUGGGAGUUUGCGAACGAGUUCUUCAAAAAGGGAGAGAAGCAUUUGCUUUGCGAGAUCCACCGGAGAAAAACAGCUCAGCCACAUCAGGUGGGUCUCAGCCACCACCACCACCACCACUCCCAACUCGGCAUGAACGGCCACCACCACCAUCCUGGCUUUUUCCCCUUCCCAAGUCCCGGCAGCAUCUCGCCCUCCGACUCGGACGAGCAGCCCAACUGGUGCGAUUCGGACUCCCCUCCUCUCUUAUCCCCAACGGGAGGUAUUAACACAAACAUUAACUCUAACAACAAUAAUUUCAUGAAUAUUAACAAUAAUAAUACCACGGUGGCGGGUUUGGCGGAGGACAACGAGAGGCUGCGGAGGAGCAACACCAUGCUAAUGUCUGAGCUGGCACAUAUGAGAAAACUCUACAACGACAUCAUCUACUUUGUUCAGAACCAUGUCAAGCCGGUGGCUCCGAGCAACUCAUACCCUUCUUCCAUGCUUCUCUGCAACCCACAGCCUCCUAAACAUAAUGGUCCUAAUAGUAAUUUGAACCAACUUCUAGGGUACUAUCCGGCUGCUCCUCCACCUAAUGCCAAACAAAACCCUCAUCAUAUCAUGAACUCUUCCAGUCCGAUGAGCAACACCACGUCGAAGAGCUCCUCCGUCACUAUUCUCGAAGACCAUCACCAGCAGCCUCCGAGCGGUAACAAUGGGUGCAAGAACACUAAACUUUUUGGGGUGCCGCUGCUUCAUUCGAAGAAACGAUUGCACCCGGAGGAGUACGGCUCGAAUAAUCACCAUGGGAACAACAUGAUGGAGGCCAGCAAGGCUCGUUUGAUUUUGGAGAAGGAUGAUUUAGGACUCCACCUCAUGCCUCCAUCCAGAUGUUAGUUCUAGCUCUCAUUAGUCACCAAAUCCCACAUUAGAGCUUUUUAAAAGGUUUUAUUUUUAUUACUUUACAUUUUUCAGUUUUAUCGUUUGAUUGCAUUUUGGGUCUGCUGAGAUGAGAUGGAGUUUUAGGAUGAUCUAUAUUGCUGAUGAAGUGAUGAUCAAAAGUGUCCUGUGUUUGCGUGCGUGUGGGUGUCUGUGAUCGAGUACUACUACUCUGAUCUCUCUGUAUAUAUAAUUAACUUUAGUGGAUAUCUUAAAUUUUGAGUUGAGUUCAAAUUAAAUGGCCAUGUUUUUUUUGUUUUUGGUUUAGUUGUUUGAUCUAUAUGUCUUCAGUGAUGCAAUUUAUUGUUGGUCU